GGGGCGAGCCCGCGGCGCGGCGCAGCGCGGCGCAGCGCGGCUGCAGCGCUGGGAGUGGGGCUCGGCUGCGGAGCGCGUGCCGCGCCCUCCCCCUCCUGCCCAGUCUCCGCAGCGGCGCGGGGAGGCGGGAGCUGCGGAGCGGAGGGCGGGGGCUAAAAAUACCCGGCGGCGGCGGCGGCGGCGGAGCGGCUACUGCUGAGGCUGCGGGGCUGCCGGGCUGCGGGCCGGGGGGCCGAGCCGGGCCUGGCUGGGCCCCGCCGACCAACAUGCUGACCUUCUUCCUCGUGUCUGGGGGCUCCCUCUGGCUCUUAGUGGAGUUAGUCCUCUCACUUCUGGAGAAGAUGCAGACACAGGAGAUCCUGAGGACACUGCGGCUGCCUGAGCUGGGUGACUUGGGCCAGUUUUUCCGCAGCCUCUCAGCCACCACCCUCGUGAGUAUGGGUGCACUGGCCGCCAUCCUCGCCUACUGGUUCACUCACCGGCCGAAGGCCUUGCAGCCACCUUGCAACCUCUUGAUGCAGUCAGAAGAAGUAGAGGAGAGUGGCAGGGCCCGGCGAUCUGUGAUCGGGGGUAUGCCUCAGCUGCUCACCCACUACUAUGAUGACGCUCGGACCAUGUACCAGGUGUUCUGCCGUGGCCUUAGCAUCUCAGGGAAUGGGCCCUGUCUUGGCUUCAGGAAGCCCAAGCAGCCUUACCAGUGGCUGUCCUACCAGGAAGUGGCUGACAGGGCUGAAUUUCUGGGGUCCGGACUGCUCCAGCACGAUUGUAAAGCAUGUACGGAUCAGUUUAUUGGUGUUUUUGCACAAAAUCGGCCAGAGUGGAUCAUUGCAGAGUUGGCCUGUUACACAUAUUCCAUGGUGGUGGUCCCGCUGUAUGACACCCUGGGCCCUGGGGCUAUCCGCUAUAUCAUCAAUACAGCGGACAUCAGCACCGUGAUUGUGGAUAAACCUCAGAAGGCUAUGCUUCUGCUGGAGCAUGUGGAGAGGAAGGAAACUCCAGGCCUCAAGCUGAUUAUCCUCAUGGACCCAUUCGAAGAAGCCCUGAAAGAAAGAGGGCAGAAGUGUGGGGUGGUCAUCAAGUCCAUGCAGGCUGUGGAGGACUGUGGCCAAGAGAAUCACCAUGUUCCUGUGCCCCCGCAGCCUGAUGACCUCUCCAUUGUGUGUUUCACAAGCGGCACAACAGGGAACCCAAAAGGUGCAAUGCUUACUCAUGGGAACGUGGUGGCUGAUUUCUCAGGCUUUCUGAAAGUGACAGAGAAAGUGAUCUUUCCGAGACAGGACGAUGUGCUCAUCUCCUUCCUGCCUCUGGCUCACAUGUUUGAGAGAGUAAUCCAGUCUGUCGUCUACUGCCAUGGAGGACGUGUUGGUUUCUUCCAAGGGGACAUCCGCCUCCUCUCAGAUGACAUGCAGGCUCUUCACCCCACCAUCUUCCCUGUGGUCCCACGACUGUUGAACCGGAUGUAUGACAAGAUCUUCAGCCGGGCAAACACACCGUUAAAGCGCUGGCUCCUGGAAUUUGCAGCAAAGCGAAAGCAGGCUGAGAUCCGGAAUGGAAUCAUCAGGAAUGACAGUAUCUGGGAUGAACUCUUCUUUAAUAAGAUUCAGGCCAGUCUUGGUGGGUGUGUGCGGAUGAUUGUUACUGGAGCAGCCCCUGCAUCGCCAGCAGUCCUAGGAUUCCUCCGGGCAGCUCUAGGGUGCCAGGUUUAUGAAGGUUAUGGCCAAACUGAGUGCACAGCUGGUUGUACUUUCACCACUCCUGGAGACUGGACCUCAGGGCAUGUAGGGGCACCACUGCCUUGCAAUCACAUCAAGCUUGUUGAUGUCGAAGAACUGAACUACUGGGCCUGCAAAGGAGAGGGCGAGAUAUGUGUGAGAGGACCAAAUGUGUUCAAAGGCUACUUGAAAGAUCAGGACAGGACAAAUGAGGCCUUGGACAGUGAUGGCUGGCUUCACACUGGAGACAUCGGGAAGUGGCUGCCGGCAGGAACUCUUAAAAUUAUUGAUCGGAAAAAGCACAUAUUUAAACUUGCUCAGGGGGAAUAUGUUGCGCCUGAGAAGAUUGAGAACAUCUACAUCCGGAGCCAGCCUGUGGCACAAGUCUAUGUCCAUGGGGACAGCUUAAAGGCCUUUUUGGUGGGUAUUGUUGUGCCUGACCCUGAAGUCAUGCCCUCCUGGGCCCAGAAGAGAGGAAUUGGAGGGACGUAUGCAGAGCUCUGCACAAAUAAGGAUCUGAAGAAAGCCAUUUUGGAAGAUAUGGUGAGGUUAGGAAAAGAAAGUGGACUCCAUUCUUUUGAACAGAAUGUUUCUACUAGACUUCCAGAUCUGUGUGGAAAUCAUCAUGCUUGGGCCGAUGACUGGGUUAGUGCAGAUGUGCUGAGAAAAGUAAUGGUGGACCCUAAAUAUAUUGCAUGUACAUUUAUCUAUUUCUCUGUUUAAUGCCACUUAAUCUUUUUUAAUAAAUGAGAAAUGAAACAAAAUGUAUUAAUAAAAAAGUCCUUCUUCAGAUUUCCCAACUUUAUUUUGGGCGAGAAAAAAGUGUGUUUAUCAUUAACCAAUAUAGAAAAAGCCUAUUUGCUUAUGACAGUCAUAUUCAUAAUGGGUGUUGGAUCCUAUUUAAGUCUAGAGGUAUGACAGAGAACCAGUUACUUAAGCAUAAAUGUGUUCUUAAAUAUUUGGCAUUUUUAUCUGUUUCUUAUUCAAUGUGUUAGUUAUUCUCAGAUUUUACAAAUUAACCCUAUUAUGUAUAUUAUAAAGCAGGAUAUAUAUCUAAUCUUGUUUGCCUUUUGCCAUAAAAAAUGUCUUUAUACGUACUGAGCUUCCUCUCGAGAUGGGAGAGGAAACUCUGGCCAGGUAUAGUAUGUAGAUCUAGGUCGGUCUGUAUACAUGCAUAAGGAAUUCAUAAACUCCUAAGUCCAAGGAUUAAACAUAGUGUGUCUCCCUCACAUAAGGAAGUCACAUUUUCAUUCUAAAUUUAAUUAAAACUGCAAGUAUGAGGAAACAAAAAUAGAACUUUCCAUUGGAAUUUUUACAGACAAUAAUGUUUUAGCAACUUGAAAUCAGCCUUUAAAUUGAUUAUAUUACCCAUCAAAGAACAAAUAAAUCUUUAAUUUUUCUGCAGUAAAGAAAAUGAAUUAGCCUUUAUUUUCCAAAUGUAUAAAGCACAAAUGUGAUAUAGUUAUUUAAAAUACAAAAUGCUAUGAAAUGAGUGUAAAGAAUGGGAAAAUAUAUUUUUUUUGCAUGAAAACAGACUACUUACAAACUUGCUUAAUAUCUCAGGAAAAAAAGGAUGAAUAAUCAUAUAUAAAACUGGUAUAUCAUAAGUUGGCUGUAUUUUAUUCCUGGUUUUAAUUUUAAGGAACAGUUUACAUAGAAUGAAAAAAGGAUCUUAGUAGUCUGAAUGUAUUCUCAAGUGUGCUACAUAGCCCUUUCUGUGAGUCUACAAUUAACUGCAGUAAGAAUUGAAUUACCAUUCAAGUGAGGCCAAAGCUCCAAAUGAGAAAGUCUUCAGUUAUAAGGCAUUAAUGGUUGUAACACAGAGGAAAUAGAUAAGUACAUUGAAUACAAGAAUAUCUAAACUUGGUCCCAAACAGAAAGGGUUUCAUGAAGUGACAGUGGCUUUUAAAUGUUCCUUGACUGAUUAUUUUAAUUUUUUUGGUUAAGUCAUUGCUAUGAUUGCAUGGGGAAAUGCGUGUUUUUUUAAGAAUUGCUAUUCUACUUUCAAUUUUUUAAAAUUGGGGGGAUUAAAAUAUUACUUUUUAAAUAUGCAUAAAAGUAUCUUAACUGUAAUAUUUUCAGUUGCUUUGUUAUAGUAGCAUGCAUAUCAAGUAUAAAAUGCAUUUAUGAAAAUUUUUGUAAAAAAUAAACAUUUUUCAUUUCUCAAA